AACCACCAUAUAUCGCUGUCAAACUGAUUAAAGCAGUGGUAAUCAAGUAGAAAGAGAAAUUCUAAGAUACUCCGCUGGAUUAUAAAACCCCCACCACAAGCUGUCUAUGGUAUUAACAGCCCCUGGUGGAUCACUUUCAUUACUGGGACCAAAAUAAGACAGCAGAGCUCAGGUCCAGCAGUGAUUGCUGAGUCGGUGGGGCACUCCUCAGCAAGAUGGCUGCAUUGCUGCGCGCAAUUGUGGCAUCCUGGUGAAAUGACGCAAGCUACAGUUUACGUUCAGUCCUCGAGGCUCUGAGCUCUCCAGUCUCCAUAGCGCAGAUCCCGCCCGACACACAACCGGAAGACUGACCGGCUAUCCUCCGGUGGACCGAGCGGAACCGGUUCAUAAGAGUGAGAGUGCAAUGAGGAGAGGUUUCAGAGUGUGAGGCCAUGGGCUGCACCUCGGCCAAGCAGGUGUCGGCCGUGCCCAACGAUGAGGAGGGACGCGGCAAGGCCUACAGCAACGGAGAUCUCUUCACUGAUGAAUACAAGAUGAAGGGAGUGGAGGAGGUGAAGUACAUGAGAGGGGAUGAAAACAGGGUGAACGCACGCAACCAGGAGAACCUGGAGAAGAGUAAUGUGCAGUACAGGGGCAAACAGCAGAAAGAGGUCGCUGCAGCAAACAUCAAGUCGAAUAUUCACACGUCAGAGAGCCAGCAGGAAUUUUUCAGGAUGCUGGAUGAGAAGAUUGAGAAGGGGCGAGACUACUGUUCGGAGGGGGAUGAGGAAGAUGGGACAUAGCACAGAGGCCCCCAAGAUUCACUCCCAUAGAGAGCCUCACAGAGAGUGCGUGCGUGUGUGUGUGUGUGUGUGUGUGUGUGUGUGUGUGUGUAAAUGCGUACGUGAGUGCUUAUGUGUGCCAGAGAGAAAGAGAAAGAGAGUUGAAUCCGUGUUUUCCCAAUGGGGCGUCGAUGUAAUGGGACACUGUAUGAGUUGGUAUGUGUGUUUUUGAAUGGAUGGCAAAGAUAGUAUUUUAAUCAAAAGUUGGAAGAGUGGGGGAUAAAUGUGAGAGAGAGGAAGAGAGAGAGACAGAAUGGGAUAAAGAACACUUUCUUCAGAGACUGCAGCCCUCCUGUCUUAGCGCCUCACCCCUUCAGGCCCCUGAGCAGACAGAUGGAGGUGGCGGAGCGAUGAAGGGACAGACGGAUGAAAGGAGGGAGAGAUGGAGGCGGACGUGACGAUGGAUGGACGCACAUCGCUAUGAACGUGGAAAAAGGACGUGCCACAGUUGGGUCAGAAUAAUUUCCUCAAGCAGGACAACAGCAGCUCCUCAUCCCUCCAUCUGUCCCUCCGUAUCUGUCCGUCUGCACCUCCAUAUCUGUCCCUCUGCACCUCCGUGAUCCAAUCCCAUUUAACCCCAACUGGACAGAGGAACUCGCAAAUAUGGAGGCCCAGUAAGGACAAAUGGCUUGCUGUGGGGGUGCGCGCGCGCGUGUGUGUGUGUGUGUGCGCGUGUGUGUGGGGAGGACUGAGAGCCACACAAGUGAAGAAGAAAGGAAGCCUGGGGAGGAAAAGAUGGUGAAGGCAGAGGAGUUAUGUAACGCCGCCAGGAUCCACACUGAACUUUUUUGGCCUGCCUACCAACAGCCAGGCCAGCCUGGGCCACGAGGGACUGAGAGAAUGGUUGAGGGAAGGUGGAGAAGAAAGAGUGACAAAUUUGUGAUAUUUUAAUAAGAGAGAGUAGGGAGCAAGCUGGUGAUUUAGAAACUCUAAACUCCUCCUGCCUUCUGAAGUCAAGGACCUUUUUUUUUAUUCUGUUCUGCAGCCACACGUUCACUUAUUUUUUCUCUUUUCGUCAGUUUGUUUUUACUCUUGGCUUCCUUCGUAGUGUUUCAUCAUCAUCAAUGUCAUGAACAUCUUCAUCACUGCAGCAGGCAGACUGGAGCUGCGUUAGUUCAGAGCAUCUGUGUCUCAACCCGAUCCAUCCUCCUUCAUAUACCAUCACACUGCAGAUCCCAGCUGACCCACACACACACACACACACACACACAGAGUCUUUUAUUGUGCAUAAUGGUAACAUGGCCUCAUCCCAACACACCCUCAGCAUGUACAUAUAAACCACCCAAACACACAUUUAUUGUAUCCCUUUCAUUUCACCAGCAGAAUGUCAUGUGCAUCAAUCAGAGGUAUUCUGUAUAUUUCUGCUUUGGUUCAGCUCAUACACACACACACACACACACACACACACACACACACACACAUUCAUACACACACACACACAUUCAUACACACUCGGCAAACUGGGCUGAGCUCAAGGGGAGGAUGCGUGGUUGCCAUGUAGACACAGACUUGAUCACAUUUUUUGUUGUCAUCUUUACCGGAUACUUCCUGUUGUAUUAUUUUGAAUACUUUUUUUCUAUUAAAAAUAAAAAUGAAGAAGCUCUUAA